GUUUUUACGUGAACUCCGUCUCCUCUCCCAAAAGUUCAUUCUACUACAAACACGCAUUCUGAGCUCCAGCGAUGAGCGAAGAGGUCGAUUUCUGGUCUGCCACCAUCGCCGCCUACGCGCCGCUGCAGCUGCCGGCGCCGGAGAUGACGCCGAAGCUGCUGAUGCGGCCGCCCUUCCGCUUUAUCCACGACAUCGUCUGCGGAAUUGAUGGGCGGUUUGCGGCUUACAGUCACGUCAUUCCCACCGAACUGCAGGACUCGGCCAAUGUGGACAGCAAGGAGAAAAAGAUUCAGUACCUGACCAUUCUCAUCGAGUACGUGAGCAAGCUAAUGAACGUGCAGCUGGACGUGAGUGCGAAGAAGAUAGUUUCUGGACACGAACCGGAGAAGACAAACGUGUUCUUGCAGUACCUCGCUGCGGCGGUGGGCUUUGCGCAGCAGGACAAGGCACAGAAAGAGGCAGCAAAGCAGACCGCACUCACGUCCGCGUCGUCAGCGCAAGCGGACACGGCGAAGCUGGCGGCGCAGAGCGGCCUGCAGCUGCCGAGUCGGGACAGCCUGCCGCGCAAGAAGUCCAGCUCCGCAGAUGUUGUGGCACGACGAAAGUCGCACGUCUCUGCGCUGGAGAACGCACAGGCGUUUAAUCGGAAACUUGACGGAUUUUCCCUGAAUUUGAACACGACGGAGUCACGAGAUAUUAGAGAAGACGGGCAGCACAUUAUCAAGAUGUGGAAUGAGCUGUCCACCCCGCAGGUGGAGACAAAGCCGACGCACAUGCCCAUCGAAACACUUGAAACCGCCAUAAAGCGUCAGCUGGAAACCAUCAAAAUGAUCGACGCCCUCCUGAAAGAAAGCGACGCUGUUACCGAUGAGUUGGAAGCCCUCGUUAGCUGA